GAAACAUGCAGGCAUGCAUGUGAUGUGUAUGCCCAAGAUGCCUGUGUGUUGGUCUCUGUCAUACAGGAUGGUCGUUUCGCUCGAAGGAUGACCCGCUUGACUGGGCGGCUGACUGGCUGGCUGGCUGUUAGUGGGAUGGUCCUCUCUUCAACACGUGCAGCCUGCCGACGUGUCUGCACCAAAUCCAUCAACACACAGAAAAAACAUCAACACACACGCGCAUCAUCAUGCCAUUGUGUGGCUCUCACCUUGUAUCUAUGGCGCCUGGCCAUCGAGCACGAUGGAUGCGAUCGGGCCGCACAAGCUACGGACCUUGGCGGCUGUCAGGGGGAACCGCUGUGCGAAGGGCGCAUCGUGGAAGACACCUGCUGCUGGCGCCUCGGUGGUAGGGAUGGUGACGUGGACUGCACGCAGACAACAGCAGAGCGGAUGAUCUGACGACACGACAGCAUGACCAUUGGUUGUCAAUGUGUAUGCGUACCGCUCUGGUUGUCGCCUGGGAAGAUGCCAAAGUAAGUCCAUGCGAGGAACGGGUCGUUGGAUGACGUCAGUACAUGCAGCUGCGCACAGAUCCUAUCGGCCGCCUCCCAUGUCAACACGUCCGAGCAUCCAUUGGGCGGUGUAUGUGGCGAUUGAGUCAUGAUGCGGUCGAGGUGGCCGCCCCGCACACGACUGACACACACAUCAAUGACGCACCACAUAGCCAUUCGCCCUCUCAUUGUGUGCCUCCCAUCCACUUACCGGUCCACCGCCACUGCUGGCGAGUCGGUGGAGCCGCCCAGAGCCAACAGCCGGUGUCACAGGACCAGGUCCUUCAACAUGGAACUCGCCGAUGCGUAAAGAGGCCCGUCGUUGACGCCAAUCGUCACCCAGCCCACACCAUGCUGCCAUCCAAUGCGGCUGCGGACUGGAGGGUCGUGUGGCUUGGCGUGCUGCUGGAAGGGGUGCUGCGAAAAGGCAUGGACGGGGCGGCCGGUGAGGAGGGGGAGCGGCGGGUUGAGUGUGAUGGUGAAGUUGGGCUCGUUGCGGAUGAUCCGAAUAUCGUUGUUGUUGUGGCGGAACAGCUGUAGUGUGCCGUCCUGCUGGCCAGUGGGGCGACGGAAGACGACAUGGCGACCGACGAGCAUCCACUGCGCAAACACACGGGGCAGCGCCAAGAAAUCCUGCAGGCAGCACACCACAUCCAGCAGCUCACCCAUUGCCUCUCCUGUGUGUCGUGUUUACCGCCUUGGUGGCGUGUGUCUGCAGAUCUGCACCAUCCACAGUGAUCGGCAGCUGGCAAUUGCCACAGUGCUCGGCGACUCUGAGCGUGUCGCCUACCUCCCCCCACGCCCCCUCGCCCCCCUCCUCCACCACCCACAUGGCCUUCAUCACAUCGCCGUGGCUCAGCUGAGGGUCGAACUGCACCACGCCACUAGCCCCCGCCCCCUCGAUGGCGUUCGGCAGGCGAAAGCGGCGGACGAUCGGCCAGAGGGCAUUUCUGAUGAGUCGGGCUGUCGACUUGAGGUGGGCGACAGUGGUGAGGUCAGACAGUGCCAGGACGAUGCUCAUGGGGUUGGCAGGGAUGUCAGUCAGGUGCAACGAUGUGGCCUGACGACACUCAGCAAACACACACACACACACACGCAAUGCAUGUGGCAGCUCGGUGUGUGUGUCCAUCUAUGUGCCUGCGUGUGGUCAAUCACACACCUGCACGUGGCCAUCGGCAUCUUUGCCAUGUGUAGCAGAAUCGCUCGCGCCAUCACCUGCCACACAGACAACGACACAGACACACACAAGGCUGUGUUUGUGUGUUGGUGUGCCAUUCUCCCUUAGGUAUAUAUCGGCUCACCCUCGUGCGUUGCCUGUGCGAUGGCGGUCUCUAUGGUGUCUGCCAGCUCGGCCAGAUGGUCGGACACAGCAGCGAGCUGCCGGUUCACCGUGGCCACCACCUGAGGAACGAAUCAACCACACGAGAGGAACACCAACCGACAGAGGCCAUUGUGUGGUUGUUGGUUGUCUGUGCUGCUUGGCACCCUGCAGGCACCUACCUGUACUGUCAGCUGAGUAGAGUCCAUCUGUGAGAGUCGUGUGAUCUGUGCGUUUGCCUGCACGCAUGUGCCACAUGGACAGCAGACAGAGCAACCAAGCGGCCGGGUGAGCGAUGGAUGCAUUGAAUGGAUGAGUGAGCGAGUCAGUGUGUUGGUUGGCUAAGUACCUGAGUCUGGUUCAUCUGAAGGCAUGCUGUGAUCAGAGGCGUGAACUCUCGCUGCGGCAGGAGCUGCUCACGCACACGCAGAGCAACCAUCUGCACCAGACAGCAGGACAACACAAAAACAUGCCACGAUUCGCUGCGUUGCUUCAUGUUAUGCUUGGCCUGCAGGCUCCUCUCCUCUCACCCGAGUGUGACUGAUGGCGACGGCCAUUGUGAAGAUCUAUGGACACACACGAG